AUGGCUUCAUCGGAAGAACCCGAUAGCACCACCUCCAUGCCCCAACCCUACAGGCUAAAGCAAACCCUCACAGGCCACAAACGUUCCAUCUCCAGCGUCAAAUUCUCCGACGACGGCAAGCUAAUCGCCACCUCUUCCGCUGACAAGACCGCCCGAACGUGGUCCACCUCCGAUGGAUCUCCUCUCCAAGAAUUCAUCGGCCACGAACAAGGAAUCUCAGACGUCGCGUUCUCCUCCGACGCUCGGUACCUCGCCACCGCUUCCGAUGACAAGACCGUCCGCCUCUGGGAUGUAUCCACUGGUUCACUCGUCAAAACCCUAAUCGGACACACAAACUACGUCUUUUGCGUAAAUUACAACCCUCAAUCGAACAUGAUUGUCUCCGGUUCCUUCGAUGAGACAGUUAGGGUUUGGGACGUGAAAUCCGGCAAAUGCUUGAAGGUGCUUCCGGCGCAUUCUGAUCCUGUAACCGCUGUGAACUUCAAUCGCGACGGGACGUUAAUCGUGUCUAGUAGUUACGAUGGAUUGUGCAGGAUUUGGGAUGCAUCCACAGGGCAUUGUACCCUGGAUAGUACACUGAGGUUAUGGAAUCUAUCAACUGAGGACAAUUGUGUAUACUUAUGGGAACUUCAAACAAGAAAAAUAGUCCAGAAACUUGAAGGUCACACAGAUGCUGUAAUAACAGUUGCUUGUCACCCAACUGAGAACAUGAUUGCUUCAGGUGCUCUUGAAAAUGAUAAAACAGUCAAGAUCUGGAUUCAGGAGGUCAACAAAAUAGAAGAUCAAACAGAAGCAAUUGAAACAAUAAAACAAUUCUGUAGUUUAGUUGGUUUCUUUUGA